GCUAACUUUAGAGAGAUUGUUACCUUACGUCUCACUCCCAACUAUUGAAAGAUGAUCAGCAUAAUCAUCUACAAUCUAUGCAAAAUGAAAAAAAAAAACUUCCACUUUAAGAACCUACUGUCCCCACCCAUAGACAGACAAGUGUCAUCCAAUCACAGCACAAUGUGCAUUCCCAGCCGCCUGUGUUUCCCACUUCCCUCCCCUUUUUGUUUUUUAACUUUCUAUUUCCCAAUAACACGUCAGUCUGAGUGUGGAUUGUAUAAAAGACAUAGCUGCAUCUGCUCAGUCAGGUUUCUCCAUAUUUUCCCAUCUGUAAAACAUCGCCUGCCAGAUUUGACAAAAAUGGAAAUAGAAGCUGAAGUGUCAGAAAAUACCAACAUGGAAAACAUACCAGUGAGGGACCAUCAAGCUGGAGACACUAUGGAGAUAGAAAACAGCUUGGAAUUCUUGGAAGAGAAUUUGAGUGAAGUUUCUACAGUGCUGAUUCAGCCUUCUGUACAGGUCAAACAAACACCACUCUGUGUCAGAACUCCCAAUGCUAAAUGGUUUAAUGAUAUUUCAGAACAAUGGAAGAAUCGUAGAGGAAAGCAAAGCCAAGAAACUGGAAACUUUCCUGGGAAGGAAAACCAAUUGGAAGCACCAAACAAGUCCAGCACAAGAGCUUAUAAACGAGCUGCUAAAAAGCAAAGCCAGCAGCCCACCCCUGGGGAAAGAAAACUCCCUGAUACCAAACACUUUUGGAAUGGAGACAAUAACAAGAAAGCACGAUUCACAGAGGAUCAAUGUGACCAAACAGACAAGCAGAAUUGUACAGAAACUUUUGAAAAAUCACAAACAAGAAACAAUCCAAAGAAUGCAGAGUGUACAGGAGAGGCCAACCUACAUCCAGAAAGUAAAUGUAUCAUUCAAUCCAACACAUCACUAGUCAUUACUUAUAUGAAUAAACGUAAAGAGAAUAACCGUAGCGUGGAAGGGAAUAAAACAGUUAUUUACUACGCAAAGAAAUCUAUAGACUCAGAAAACAUUAUCCUUUAUUCAAGUAAACUUGAAGCAAUCAUCAACCCUUUUGUACCAUGCUGUGCCCUGGAGGAAGGAGAAAAAAUAGAAAUAAUACGCAAAAGAAAAUUCAAGAACAAGAAAACCAUACUGUCAUUACUUCCAGACUCCAACUAUAAUGUGUGUGGCAAAGGAAUUUUUUUUAAAGUGCAAUGUAAAGGAUACACUGAAGGGGAUGGUCCAAGACAUAUAUUGCGUGAUGAUAGAUAUACCUGGAAAAAGAAGCCUCUAGCUGUGUACGGGCAAGCAGAUCAGACAAUAGAAGAGGCAAUUCGAAAUGAUAAACGGUUUGAUAUCAACGAGUUUAGUCUUAAAAACCCAAACAAAGCAGCAUUAGAUGAAUGGGACAUACCUUUGUCAUUUCUUGACCCUGAUGUGGUGUAUACUAUUCAGGUGACAAAUUACAAGAAGCCAAGUAGCAGGCCUGAUCCUAAGACCCAGAAAUCUGAGGGCUUGCAAAACUCUGAUGAGAGAAAUAAAGAUCAAGAUCAGAUCAGACAAGAAGUUCCCCAAACUUCAUCACUUCCCCAAUCCGAGCCUAAAAUUCCUGAAAUCUGUCGGACACCUAAAAGUGAGGAAUUUUCAAGCGCAUUUAAUAAUGUUAAUAAAGUUGAGAGAAAGCAGAUAAUAUCUGAUAUGAUAGAAGAUUACAGAGAUAAUGUCAUGUACAAGAAGCCCAUGUUGGCUACCACUCAUCGACUACUGACUCAGCACCUGGACAGUGUGGGACUGAUUCAAUUUACACUUGACACAAAUGUCAGCAGUGGUACCCUCUUCCUUCUAAAUGAGAAUCUGGGUCUCACCUGUUACCAUGUUCUGAAAUGUCUGAUAGAAUCAGGAUUUGACUGGGAACAUAACCCUAUACCCAAUGGUGGAGUAAUGUUUAAUUAUGAGAGUGAAUCAGCUGAACCACCUGAUUUCCAUCAAUGCAUUGUUAUACAUUACAACGAGACAUAUGAUUUUGCACUUGUACGGGUUUCACCAGAAAUGCCUGGGAAAGGCUUGUUGAAAUAUGUGGCCCCUGCUCCAGAGGAUGGCGCUGUCAGCAUCAUUGGCCAUCCAGGUGCUUUAUACAAAAAAAUUGAUCCUAUGUGUUCAGUGGUGAAUUUUUCCAAAAGAGCUGACACAAUCGCCAACACUAUUUUGUCUGAUAAAUCUUACUUUCAAGUUCUUUUAAAUCACAGUUUUAAAAUACUGUCCAGCAAACAUGCUAUGACUUAUGACACAUGUCUUUAUGAAGCAUCUGGUGGUCCAGUUUUCGAUAACCGUGGGAGCCUUGUGGCAAUGCACUGUGGAGGAUAUCUUGCCAACACUCAUUUAAACAAGAAGAGCAUAAUUGAGUAUGGUGUCAAUGUUGUUGACAUUCUUAUUUUUGGAUCUACUCGGAUAAGAGAAUUAUGCUUAUCAUUUUAUGAAGCAAUUAGACAUAAUGAAAAUCUGAGAAGUUAUAUGAUGAAAUAUACAAAGCAAGGAGCACACUCAGACACAAUGCAGCCUGUUAUUAGGGAGUUUCUCGACUGUGUAAAAAGCCUAAAUUGCUAGUGGAGUAAAAUCCUAACCAGUUCACUAUUUUUUGAAAAAUAUAUUUUUUAUAUAUUUUUUUAUUUUUGGUAGGGGAGGAUUAGCCAUGAGUACUUACUUGUAUAUACCUCUUUAUUACCCGGUCUGUUUUCAGUGCUGUGGUAGGUUGACUGACAAUUACUCUUGUGUACAAUACUGUACUCAAAUUAAUUUUAUAUAACCACUGGUUUUUAUUUUUUACUAUAAGGGUAAAAAGUCAAAAUGUUUAUUAAAAAAACAUAUGUUAUAUGUUAUAAAACAUAUCAAAUAAAAAGGGCAGGACAGUACAAACCUCACUGAAAUUAUAUCUGUUUAUAAAAGUACACAACUUUUUUUGCCACAAAUUUUGAAAAUGGGGAAACAUUGUGAGGUGAUGAAAACACUGAGUUGGUAAUCGUGCACUAGAUUCAGCGCAUCAUUAAUGUAAAGGUUAUACACAGAGAGAGGACAAGGUUGAAAAGG